UCGAGUUUCUAUGAAUGUUUGUCCAUUUGUUAAGUCCAAAUCGACUCAAGCAUUGCGUCAGUUAUCCAAGAAUUCAGCCUUAACUACUCAAGCACGUCAGUGUCCAUUUAUGGCAGCUGCUCUUAAUUCUAAAAGAGAAUAUAGUAGUGCUAGUAAACCAGUUAAUGCCACCGCAGCAUCAGCAGCAUCUGCAGCAUCGGCCGGCAAUUCUACUUAUUCAUUGAAAGCCGAACAUUUAAAGGCCAAUCAGGUUGAUUUGAGUUCCAAUGAACAUGGAUUUGACUAUCAAGGCUUUGUCAAUAAUGAAUUGAAUAAGAAAAGAUCAGAUAAAUCUUAUCGUUAUUUCAAUAACAUUAAUCGUUUAGCCAAAGAUUUUCCUCGUGCUCAUUUGGCUGAAGAAAACGAUAAAGUUACUGUUUGGUGUUCCAAUGAUUAUUUAGGUAUGGGUCGUAAUGAAGACACUUUAAAUGCCAUGAGAAAAACCUUAGAUAAGUAUGGUUCUGGUGCAGGAGGUACUAGAAAUAUUGCUGGUCAUAAUAGACAUGCAAUUAAAUUGGAAUCAGAGUUGGCUGCUUUGCAUAAACAUGAAGCUGCUUUAGUAUUUAGUUCUUGUUUUGUUGCUAAUGAUGCAGUAUUAUCUUUAUUAGGUCAAAAAUUAAAAGAUUUAGUUAUUUUUUCCGAUGAAUUAAACCAUGCCUCAAUGAUUCAAGGUAUUAGAAAUUCAAGGGCUAAGAAGGAAAUCUUUAAGCAUAAUGAUUUAAAUGAUUUAGAAAUUAAAUUAUCUCAAUAUCCAAAAAAUCAACCAAAAUUAAUUGCUUUUGAAUCAGUUUAUUCAAUGUGUGGUUCCAUUUCUCCAAUUAAUGAAAUCUGUGACUUGGCAGAAAAAUAUGGGGCUCUUACUUUCUUAGAUGAAGUCCAUGCCGUUGGUAUGUAUGGUCCUCAUGGUGCCGGUGUCGCUGAACAUUUGAAUUUUGAUGCUCAUUUGAAAGCCGGUAUUGCUAAACCAAUUGACCCUACCGUAGUCGAUCGUAUUGAUAUGAUCACUGGUACUUUAGGUAAAGCUUUUGGUACCGUUGGUGGGUACGUUACUGGGAAAUCAAAUUUAAUUGAUUGGUUUAGAUCUUUUGCUCCUGGUUUUAUCUUCACCACUACUUUACCUCCUUCCAUCAUGGCUGGUUCUUCGGCCUCAAUUAGAUAUCAACGUUCUACUUUACAAGAUCGUAUCUUACAACAAAAAAACACUCGUUACGUUAAAAAUAACUUUGUUAACUUAGGUAUCCCCGUUAUUCCAAACCCUUCCCAUAUUGUUCCUCUCUUAGUUGGUAAUGCUGCAGAUGCUAAAAAGGCUUCUGAUUUGUUAUUAUAUAAACAUAACAUUUAUGUUCAAGCUAUCAACUUCCCAACUGUUGCCUUGGGUGAAGAAAGAUUAAGAAUUACUCCUACCCCUGGUCACGAUUCUAAGAUCGCCGACCAAUUGAUCUCUGCCGUUAACGAUGUUUGGAAUGAAUUAGGAUUGGCCAGAAUGGGCGACUGGGCUAAUCAAGGUGGUAAGUGUGGUGUCGGCUCUAUCGAAGAAGUUCCUCACAUUUGGACUGACCAACAAUUGAGCUUGAAAGAUUCAGACUUGAAUCCGAACGUUGUUGAUCCUAUCAUCGACUCUUUGGAAGUGAGUUCCGGUAUUCAAGUCUAAGCUUAUAUCUAUUCAGUAUUCAUUCAUUAAGUAUCUCUAAAACAUCAACAAAAAAACAUCAAAAAAAAAAAACAAAUAUUAAACAAAAAAAACAUUUUUUUUUUAUACUUUUUUUCUUUUCUUUAGCUAAAUAUACCUUUAUUUAUGAUGGC